AUGUUGAAUAAUUUAUAAUAAUCGAAAAGAGACGAGGGGAAUGCUUUGAUUUUUGAAGAAAAAUUUUAAUUAUAUUUAGGAGAUCUAAAUGAUCCUUAAAAUAAAGUAUUUUAAAAGUCAUUAAAAUUAAGUAACAAAAAUUUGUUUGUGUUCUAACUGUUGCAAAUGGUUACUUUAUGAAUUACAAUGAUAUUACUAUAAAAUAUAGCUAUUAUUUUAUUGAUGAUGAAGCAGAUUUUAAAAUAUAAAAAUAUUUUUCAUAAGUUUUUCAUGACUUUGACAGAGUGAUUCAAACUACUAAUGUGUUAUGUAAAUUAAUCAAUUAUAUUGUAGUUCAUCAGACUGUUAGGAUUUCUAGUUCUGCUACUUUUUAAUUGCAUAUUUAAUUAUGAAUAAGAAGGGAAUGUCAUAUUAAUAAGCAUUUAAUUAUGUGAAGAUUAGAAGGCCAGUGAUAAGGCCAAAUGUAGGUUUUUAGAAUGUGUUGGAAUCUUUAGAAUAAAAAUAAUGAUUGAUUCAUUAAAUUAUACAAAGACCAUAUUCACGUUCUUUGCCAAAUUCGACAAUUUUCUCGAAUUCAUCAUUGUCUGGAAUUUCAACCAAUUUUGCAUCAACUUUGGUAGUAUAUUUGGAUUCCUUCACAAAGCUCUUGCUCUAAGUUUGGAUAGCCGUUUAAGAUGA